AUGUUUGCAAGACAUAGGAUUCCAGAUGAAUUCAUCUCAGAUAAUGGCCCACAGUUUGCGAGCGCUCACUUUCAUAAAUUCAAAGACAGCUGGGAGUUCAAGCAUUCAACUUCAAGUCCAAGAUACCCUCAAGAAAAUGGACAGAGUGAAAGAGCAGUACAGAUCAUUAAAAACCUGCUGAAGAAAGUGCAAGAAAGUCAAGGAGAUCCUUACAUUGCUCUUCUUGAAUACAGAAACAAACCACUGGGAGGAGUGAAAUUGUCCCCAGCACAGCUCCUCAUGGGUCGCAGACUCAGACUGAAAGCUAAGCUGCCAACCACGGGUGUGUCUAGCUAUGCCUCUAAGGGUGAAUCUUCAGAUGGCAGCAACUUCAAAUCAUUCUGUGUGGAGAAAGCAAAAGGUGAAAUGAAGUCAAUGGAACAUGACUUAUCAGAGGUAAUGAGCACUUUGGCCACCAUCAAGAGAGAGGAGGAGAUUAGUACUAUGGUCCAGAUGGUUAUGGAGGUAAAAUAUGAAUCAGUGGAAACAAACAUAGAAGACAUCAAAAAUGGGCAUAAAAUGGAGAUCACUUGUCUAAAGAUUGAGCCGUCUUAUGAAACCAUUGCCUCUAGGGACGAGGAGGUAGAUACAAACAUGAUGCUACUUGACACAGUUCCUGCACCCAGUUCCAUGUUAAUGGAGUCCAGUGAAUCUAGAGAGAAACCUCCAACACCACCCACGACUACAUUAAGAUCAUUAAGGUCCAACUUGUGUCCAAAAUGUGGCAAAAGCUUUAAAAGAAAGUCUGACCUCAGAGCCCAUAAGAAGACACACUCCUUAAAGAAGCCACACCAAUGCUCCACAUGUGGAAAGAGUUACGCUGGUAAGCAUGAGCUGUCCUUGCAUGUACGAUUACACACAGGUGAGAGGCUGUUUGACUGUCCUUAUUGCAAGAAAAAUUUCAGCAGGGAGAGUGGUUUGAAGUGCCACCUAAGGAGCCACACAGGGGAAAAGCCAUUCUCUUGCUCUCAAUGUGGGAAAAGCUUUUCUCGAAGAAGUACCCUAAGAACUCACCUACGGUUGCAUGUAGGAACCCUGCCCCACCAGUGUGAUCAUUGUGAGAAGCUUUUCAACACUGCGGCAGCUAUGAGAGUUCACAGGGCGACCCAUACCGGAGAAAGGCCCUUUCCGUGCCCACAGUGUGACAAGAAGUUUAUCAUUAAGUGUCAGCUGGAUGUUCACCUGUAUAGCCAUUCAGGGAACAAGCCAUUCAGCUGCUCCGUGUGUGGGAAGAGUUUCUUGAGGAAGCAAGAACUUAACAAACAUCAGCUCAUUCACCAGGACAAACGUCCAUUUUAUUGCCCACACUGCGAGAGCAGCUUCAAACGGGUGAGCCACCUCACAUCGCACAUGAAGAUCCAUUGCUCUGACACCCCUUACAAAUGCACACACUGCAGCAAGUCCUUCAAGCAUCCCAAUAGCCUUAAAGUGCAUGAGCGCCUUCACACCGGAGAAAAGCCCUACAACUGCAAGCUCUGUGGGAAAAGGUUUCCUUCAUCAGGUGAUCGUACCAGACACAUGGCGAUACAUUCUGAGGAAAAAUCCCAUAAGUGCUCCAAGUGUGAUAAGAGGUUUCGCUUCAGGAGCAGUAUGAGGUCUCACGAGGCCACUCACUCUGAUGAAAAACCUUUCCACUGCAAGAAGUGUGGCAGGAGCUUUGCUAGGCUUGCAAGCCUUAAAAGCCAUGAGGUGGUCCAUUCCGAUGAAAGACUGUUUAGCUGUUCUCAGUGCGGUUUGGCCUUCAAGUCCUCCUCUACGCUCAGGAGCCACCAAAUAAUUCAUUCCAGCAAGAAUGUGUUGCACUGCACCACCUGUGGCAAAACCUUCACACGCCAAGACACCUUCAAAAGGCAUCAAGACAUUCACGCAGGGAUUAAAGUCCACAAGUGCUCAGAGUGUGGAAAAUGCCUGAGCUCAGCAAGCUGCUUAAAGCUGCACAUGCAGCUUCACUCUGGGAAGAAAAUGUACAAAUGUGCUGAGUGCGACAAAAGCUUUAGCUCUAUGUCCUACCUGCUCAAGCACCAGAAGAUUGCACACACCGACGAAAAGCCAUAUGUCUGCUGGGAAUGUGGGGAUGGAUUUAACACAGAAGGGAAACUUGUUACUCACCAGCUUAAACAUUCAGGACAGAAGGAGCACGUUUGCUCACAUUGUGGGAAGGCGUUUGCACAGAAAGUGACUCUCAGUAGACACGUGAAAAUCCAUUCUGAGGAGAGACCUUACCAGUGCUCGGAAUGUGGGAAAGGAUACAUCAGGAGCGAUCAACUCAAAAACCAUCAGAGACUUCAUGGUGGGGGAAAUUAA